CCGGGCGUGCGGAGUGAGGAGGCGAGGCGAGGCCUCCGCCUCUCUUCUCUCUCUCUCUCCUGACUCGGCUGACGGCGGGAGGACGGGCUGGCCGAAGGAAAAGCCCGCUUUAUGCUGGAACCGCGGUUGCCGCUCAGAGACUGAGGCAGCAGCAUCACCAGCAGCAGACGCCUUGGCACCUCCCGGAGCUGUCCGAGGAUGCCCCGGGGCUUUUUGGUGAAGAGGAGUCGCAGACCUACGCCCACCUCUUACAGGACGCGCUGCUCCUGCUACCCGGCCGCUGCGCUGGAAGGAGGCGAUCCGGUGCAGCUCUUGGUUCCCCCACCUUUUCCCGCCCUUCAGUUCCCCAGCGCGGCUUCUGCCUCGGAAUCCGCUGAAGCGGCGCUUCUGCCUGCGCCCGCGGUGCCGCAGUUUGGGACGCCCGAGGGCCCCUCCUCGCCGGCGCCGCUGCAUAGUCCGGCGCGGGCGGUGAGCGAGGAGCGCAGCCUCCACCUUGCCUCGCCCGUCUCGGCCGAGUCCUUUCCGGCGCCGGAGCCUUUACUCUUAGGCCCUGGAGGAGAGCUCAAGCUUUGGGCAGUGGCGGCCGCCGCCGCCGCCGCCAUCGCUACUGGCCCGCCGCCCGCCCCUCAGCGCAGCCACGGGCCGAGCCCGGGAGCAGCGAAGCGAUCUCAGGGCAGGAAGGCCAAGGCGGCCCGCAAGUUGCACUUCGAGGACGAGGUGACUACGUCGCCGGUGCUGGGGCUGCGGAUCAAAGAAGGGCCGCCGGAGCCCGCGCUAGGCACGCAGCAACCGCAGCAGCAGCAGCAGCAGCAGCCGGGCUCGGCCGCGGGGCUUCGGCCGGGAAGCGCGCAGCCGCUGGGCGAAUUCAUCUGCCAACUGUGCAAGGAGCGCUACCCGGACCCGCUGGCGCUGGCUCAGCACAAGUGCUCGCGGAUCGUGCGCGUCGAGUACCGCUGUCCGGAGUGCGACAAGCUCUUCAGCUGUCCGGCCAACCUGGCCUCGCAUCGCCGAUGGCACAAGCCUCGGCCAGUCAACGGCCCCUCCGCCAAGGCCAAGCCUGUUCCGGAGGAGCCUGCCAAGGGAGGGGGUGGAGGCGGCGGCGGCGGCAGCAGCAGCGAACGGGAUACGCCGAGUCCCGGGAGCGGUGGCGGCGGCGGCAGCAGCGGAGAACCGGAGGCCGCCGGAGCCGAGGAAUUCACCUGUCCGCGCUGUGCCAAGCGCUUCAGACGCCAGAGCGCCUUGCGCAAGCACCUGCCGCUCCACCACGAGCCCCUCGACGGCUUGCCCCAGGCUCGCCCGCCUCCUGAGGCCUGUCUGGAAGAGGCGGCGGCCGGCCACAGCCCGCUGAGCUUGUCCGGGGAGUGCCACCUGUGUCCAGUGUGCGGGGAGACCUUUCCCAGUAAGAGCGGUCAGGAGCGACACCUCCGCGUCCUCCACGCCGCCCAGGCCUUCCCCUGCAAAUACUGCCCAGCGACGUUUUAUAGCUCGCCAGGCCUCACCCGACACAUCAACAAAUGCCAUCCGUCGGAGAACCGGCAGGUCAUCUUGCUCCAGGUGCCCGUGCGCCCAGCCUGCUAGAGGGAGUCCUGCUGUGCCUUGCCCCC